CCGUGUUUACGAUCCGGAAAGUCAGCUGAUCGAGACAUCGAUACCUAAAAUCACUAAAUCUGAGUGUUUAGUAGGAUUUACACCAACAAUCCAGGUCACUAUGGCAACCAGUCUUCUAGAACAGGAGUCAUGCCCUAUUCCUGGAAUGGAAUUCAUCUACUUAACAGAGACCAAAAUAAAAUACAUUAACACAAACUUCAAGAAAGUGAAAGCCAAAAUCUACGACCACAUGUGUGACGUAAAGCUUCAGGUUGGCACUACAACCUACAAAGCUCAUCGGGAUGUGUUGUCGGAGGCAAGCGACUACUUCGCCGCCAUGUUCAGCCACAACAUGAAAGAAAAAAAGCAGGACACCAUUGAACUUUUGGAAAUCACACCAAUGGGGAUAUCGGUGAUUUUAGACUAUUUUUAUCACGGUCACGUGACGAUAGAUUCGGAUAUAAUAGAAGACGUUUUGGAGGCCGCCCGAUUCUUUCAUGUCGAGUGGCUCCUGGAAGCUUGUUCUGAAUAUAUUGUCCGCCAUCUUGUGCUAGAGAACUACCAAGAGGUGUUGACCCUUGCCGAUAGGUUUUGUCUUGUCGACCUGAAAGGCGAUAUAUUUAAGUUUUUUGCCAAGAAUAUCAGCAUCCUGUCUGAGAAACCUGACUUUUACAAGAACCUUUCUGUUGAACUGCUGUCUCAGUUUCUGAGAGAAAACAUUUACAUUGACGUUGACGAAGAGUUUAUCAUGUACAUGAUAUUAGACUGGGUCAGAACUGAGAGACAGACUAGGAAGGAAUACCUUAUACCAUUGCUGCGGCUUGUUCGUUUUCCACUAUUUGCCCUCGAUUCGCUUGACAAUUUGCCCAAAGAAGUUCUUUCAUCACUGGAGAUACGAGACGCUGUGGAAGAAGCUAAAGACUACCAUUACAUUAUCUCUGCACAGAGUCUGAAAACCGAGGAAAGAUUUCAGGCCCGGGGAUCUAAGCCUGUGCUGACUGUGAUGUCAUUCUCAGAGGAACAAAAUGCAAUCUUGUACAAGGAACCGGAGAAAAGCGCUGUGGUCAUUGAACAACUUAGUGACACCGGUCUUCAGUUGGACUUUGAGUUUGCCAGCUCAGCGAAGGUGGGAAACUUCCUCUAUGCUCUAGGUGGAUAUGGUGUUGAUGUUUUCAGUUCAGAAAGAGUCUUCCGGUUCGAUCCCCGGCAUCGCGAGUGGACGGAAAUGGCCUCGAUGAACUUCAAGAGGGUUUCAUUUGCAAGCUGCAGCUCUGGAGACAAAAUCUACGUGUUUGGGGGAAUAAACCACCAUCUCAACAACGACGGGCAGGAGAUCGAUGUUAUUCUGGACUCGGUUGAAGUCUACCACCCAUACGACAAUGCCUGGAUCGUUCUGCCCGACCUGAUCCACGGAUCGUACUACCAGUCAGCAGCUUACGUUGAUGAUGACCUCUACCUGACAGGAGGGAUCAGCGAGGAUCCCCGGGAUCCAGUCCCGAUGACUGCUUGUUACAAGUUCUCCCUCGGAUCGUUAACAUGGGAGCCCAUACCAGAGAUGCAGUAUCCACGACACAGUCACAGCAUGACACUCAUCAAUAAGAAACUCUACGUCAUAGGAGGCUUCACCAGCUCGGGGUACGGUACCUUUGUGGACAGCUUCACCAACGAGGUGUUUGACAUUGAGACAAUGCAGUGGUCUGCCAUAGCGACCACACCGGUGGCCCUCGGGCACAUUUUCUACGACGUUUGUUACUUUAAUGACAUAGUUUAUGUGCUAGGAGAAGCAGAAGGCUCGUGCUGUUUGCAUUCUUAUGACGUGAAGAACAACAAAUUUCUUGCUGGUGACCAUGUGGGUGCGAAUAUAAGAAAAAUAUGCUUGUUGAAUGUAGCCUACCCAAUUGAUUAAUGAGACGUGAACUGUAUUUUUAAUGGUGCAUGGUUGAUAGGUAUUCAUUGCAGCCAGUAUUUAAACAUUGUUAGUAAUAUUUAUUUAUGUCACAGGCAUAUAAUCAGUUAUUUAUGUCAUUUAUGGAAGCAUGUGAAAUGGAGAUCUGAAGGUGUAGGAGCCCAUAAUUGGGGAAAUGGGCAUUUGGUUGGGGCAAUUUAAAGACCAAAUUAUGUUAUUACCAUUUCUGUCCGAACCCCCAGUUAAGUGCCAAUGAUUGAUGUUCUCAAGAAUUAUAGUUAAUGUUUCAGCUUUGUUAAUAAAUAAUUUUUAUGUUUAUGCUACCUAUGAAGUCUAAUUUUUCCAGGUAGUUAUUAGUUAUGGUUCAUAACGAUGCUGUUUACUACAUGUAUAAUCUGUCAUGGAACAUAAAACAUUAAUAUCUUUUGAUAAUAGAUGUAGCUCCUAUAACUGCUUAAUUUUUUUUCAGUGUACAUGUAGUGUGACAGUAACAUGACCCUGUUCUUUGAUUAUAACCAUAGUGCUUUCUUGAAUGUGGUUUAACAACUUGCUAGUUUGUUUGGGCAUUUUUUGUUAAUGAAAUAAUCCUUGAGCACUAGACAAUAGUGUAUUGGCUUGAUUGUUAAAUACUGUCGUGUUUUAGUUCAUGAAAGAAUCUGUUUGGUACUUCUUGAAAAUUUAGUUUGUGGAUGUUUUAGUAGCAUUCUUAUGGAUCAUAUUCACUGCAACCCCAGCAAUUGACCGCAGAAGUCAGCAAUGUCGAGCAGUUUGUAAUUCUCCAAGGCACAGUUUUGUCUAGGACUAUAUUCAGGUAUUUUUUUCAAUGGCGUGGACAUUUUGUUAAUUGCAGGUGUUGCACUUGCAUAGGAAGCGGGUGUGGUGGGGGGGACAAGUGUCCCCCAUUUUGUAAAAGCAGGGAUGGUUUUUAUAUAUUUAUACAUGUAUUUAUAUAUAUAUGUAUGUGUGUGUGCCCACCUUCCUACGCCCGUGAUAUUACAGUAUGAGAGACGAACUAGUUUGGAAAUAUAUAGAUUGAAAUAAACAAUAUUAUUGCUAAGAAAGUACUGUAAAAUAAGAACAGAACAGUAACACUUAAGUAGUGUCUUGUUACAAACUGUGUAUAUAAUGGUAGACUAAAAUAAAACAGGGUCCAUGCUUAUAAAAGUUUUAGUCAUGACUCAGUCUUUAAUGACAUCACACGCUUCUCUAUGUAGCAAUUUCUCAUUGACACUGAUCACAGAUGAAUGGAUGGCUAGGCUUAGUCUUUAUGUUUGUUGUUAUUUAUAUUUAAAUUCAUGCUUUUUGUACUGUUAUCCAGUUCCACAUUUUUGCUGUGGUUUUGUUUUUAAUAGUAAA